CACUCGUCUCCCCAAUGUCGUCGCGACGGACCGGAGACAAGAAGAGCUCGUCGGAGAGGAAGCGCGGCCGGGCACGGUCGCGCAAGAUUUGCUUUGGUAACACCUAUGUCCCCAUCCGCAAAAUCGGCUCGGGCUCCUUUGGUGACAUCUACCUCGGCACCGACCUCAAGUCCGGCGAGGAGGUGGCGAUCAAGCUGGAGCCGCGGCGGACGCGGCAUCCGCAACUGCAGUCAGAGAUGAUGCUGUAUCGGAUUCUGUCUGGCGGGAUCGGGAUCCCGCACGUGCGGUGGUUCGGGCAUGAUGGCGACUACAAUGUGCUGGUGAUGGACUUGCUCGGCCCGUCGCUGGAGGACUUGCACCAGAUUUGCGGGCGCAAGUUUUCGCUCAAGACUGUGCUGAUGCUGGCGGAGCAGCUGAUCACCCGGUUCGAGUACAUCCACUCGCGGCACCUCAUCCAUCGCGACGUCAAGCCGAACAACCUGCUCAUGGGGAUCGGCAAGCACGCCGGCGAGGUCAACGUCAUCGACUUUGGCCUUUCGAAGCGGUACAUCGACCCGCGGACGGGCAAGCACAUCAAGUACAAGGAAGGCAAGAAUCUGACGGGCACAGCACGGUACGCGUCGAUCAACACACACAUCGGCAUCGAGCAGUCGCGGCGUGACGAUCUGGAGUCGCUCGGCUACGUCCUGCUGUAUCUGCUCCGCGGCUCGCUGCCGUGGCAGGGCCUCAAGGCGGCAAACAAGAAGCAAAAGUAUGACAAGAUCCGCGACAAGAAGCUUGAGGUCCUUGUCGACGACCUCUGCGCCGGCCUGCCCGAGGAGUUUGUCAAGUACAUCACCUACACCCGUUCGCUCCGGUUCGACGAGCGCCCGGACUACGACUACUGUCGCAUCAUCUUCCGCGACCUCUUCAUCCGCGAGGGCUACGCCUACGACUACGUCUACGACUGGACCGUGCUCCAUAGCGAGGCCGACGAAGCCAAGCCUGCCUCGUCGUCUGCCGCUCCGCCGGCCACUCCGCCGGCUGCCGCCUCGGGCACAGGCGUCUCCAAUGUCGCCCGCAAUGGCUCAUCAGCCACCCCGGGCGGCUCGGCCCUGCCCAACCAGUCGCCUGGCGGCUCGUCGACCCGCGUCAACACAUCCCUGGCCCGCGACCCGCGCUCGGGCUCGUCUCGCGACAAGCGUCGCAAGCGCCGCUCAGACGCCCCGCCCACCAGCUCACCCUCGGCCGCACAGCCGGCUCCACUGCGCUCCUCGGGCUCGGGCUCGCGUCUUCGCGACUCGACUACCCGUCGCUCGUGAUGAUGCCAUCUCUCCCCCCCACCCCCCCCCCCGCUUUGCCACCUCUGCUACCCUUGCCGCGCGUGCCUCCUCGUGGCACAUGUCUUGCGUUGUCAGUGAGCUCUGUUGGACCCUCUACAACCAUCGCAUUAGCAAACACCCUUGUCAAGUCA